GAAAGACAGCAGAACAGAAAAUGGCAAAUCUUCCAUCUGAUCGUCUCAGCACAGAACCUCCUUUUACAAACGUGGGUUUGGAUGUGUUUGGCACCUGGAAUAUCUCCACUCGACGUACCCAAGGAGGUGCAGCGAAUAGCAAAAGGUGGGCUGUAUUGUUCACAUGCCUAAGCAUACGUGCUGUUCAUAUCGAGUCGAUGGGCACAUCAAGCUUUAUCAAUGCUCUACGACGCUUCUUUGCAGUGCGUGGUCCAGUAAAGGUGAUCCGCUCUGACUGUGGAACGAAUUUUAAGGGAGCCUGCAAAGAGCUGCAAAUCAUCCUACAAGAUGAGAAUAACAUCUCAAAGUAUCUUAAUGAGGAAGGAUGCACGUGGCUUUUCAAUCCACCCCACUCUUCCCAUAUGGGGGGAGUGUGGGAAAGAAUGAUCAGGGUUUCAAGAUGGAUCCUUGACUCCAUGCUUUCUCAGACCAGCUCCUCGCAUCUUACUCACAAAGUGCUUUCGACUCUUAUGGCUGAGGUUACCGCAAUAAUAAAUGCAAGGCCUCUCGCACCUAUCUCAGCUGAUGCAGAAUCAGCCUUUCUUCUGACCCCAGCCACGAUCCUGACACAGAAGUUCUGCACCACUUCUCCUCCACCAGGAUCCUUUGAAAAUGCAGAUCUAUAUCGUCAGCAGUGGAAAAGAAUCCAGCAUUUGGCAAAUGCCUUUUGGGAGAGAUGGAGACGAGAAUAUCUUUCUACUCUACAGAGCCGAAGCAAGUGGCAAGACGGUCAGCCCAAUGUCAAGGAAGGAGACUUGGUGCUGCUCAGAGACUCUCAGGUGAAAAGGAACCAAUGGCCCAUGGCUCUCGUUACCAAGGCUCACCCUGACGACGAUGGUAAGGUCAGGAAGCUUGAGCUGAAGGUUACCAAAGGAGGAACUAUUAACACCUUCCUCAGGCCGGUAACUGAAGUAGUGGUGCUUAUGCCAUCCAAAGCCUCUACCAUGGACAGUUCCUUGCUUAUUUUAUUACUUGGUUGUAAAUAGUUUGUAACUGACUGUAAUUAGAGUAUUUGGUA